AUGGAGGUUCGACCUGUUACAACUUUCAAAAAUGAGUUAAGGAAUAUUGAAGAAACAGUUACUCAGGCAAGUACCGAAGUUCUUAACGAACAAGAGCAACGAUACCAAACUACAAUAAAUGAGAUUACCCAAAGUAUAGUGAGCGUAAGCAAUGGACAAGAUUUUAUUAAACUUUACAAAGGUGAUCAACAAUUGAGUGAUGUUAUCGAUGAGAACGAAUCACUAGUAAUAGAUCCAAGGAAUUUGAAGGACAACUUAUUAAAAGUGAAUAAAUUAGUAGAGUUAUUGAAGCUAACGUAUUUGGAAAAGGACACCUUGGAUUAUUUUUUAAGAUAUACUUUGACUUCAACAAACUUGCUAGCUCUUGAGAGUGAGGAUGAUCCUAAGUUCCUCGAAUUACAAAAACAAGUUGCAUCAAUGGAACAAAAUGCUCUUAUUGAUAAGUUACAGAGCGUUGAAAAUGCCAAGGAGGAGAUAUUAAAUAAAAACAAAGAACUGUCAAUGAAACAAGAUCAAAUAAAUAAUAUGUAUCUGGAUACAACGGGUAUUAUAGAUGAUUGUUGGGAAAUGUUAGAUGAAUUAGAGACAUUAAAAAGGCUGCAAAACGAAAAUACGAUCUCAAAUAAAGAUGCUGCUCCAGAUAAUAAAGUUGAAAAAGAUAAUGACGCUGAAAUAAUAAAAGAAACAUAUGAAGAAUGGCAGACCUUAAAAAUGGUAAAAUCUUUAGAAAAUAAAUUAAAUUCAGAAUUAGCUCAAGUUCAACAAAUACGAGAUGAAAAAAACCUAAAUAGUGACAUGAAGUCCAAGGGCAAUUUUGAUACCAAUGAAGUUCUUACAGUUCAGGGAGAAACUUUAACAAAGCUAAUUAGGUUAUGGAAUAAUUAUUUCUUGCCUUCUUCGAAUCUUCCUAAUUCUGAAGAAAAAACACAAAGCAAAUUAAGAUUAGAAAUAUUCCCACAAACAAGAAAAUUUCAGUUUAACCUAUCGAAUAAAUACGUUGUUGUAUUCGAAUUGAAUGAUGAUGUAAAAAAUUCUGUUAAAGAUAUUAGAUUUUUUGAAAAAAAUGCAGAUUCAAUGGUUGAAAACUUCAAGUUAAGAAGUGAAUAUUUAAACAAAUUUAAUAAACCUAUUAGCAAUCAUGAAAUAUUUUGGGUUAUGGAGGAUAUACUGCGAAAUGUUAUUUAG